AGCCAUGAGAUUGAACAGCAGGGAAUUGGCGUUACCUCCGGUCAGAUGUGGUCAACUCAGCUUGGAGCGAGCAAUCCUCUUGUUAUCACGGCGUUAGUUGUUACGCCUUGACGCGGCAUCAUUCUCCCGACCUGUCCUACUUCAACACCUGGCCCUUUGAGCCAAGCACACGCGCCUCUCAGCUCCUCCUUAGCGGGUCCUUGCUCGCUCAACUUGAGAAUAAGGUCGCAGCAUUAUUAUUUCAAGGUUAUUUCCUUUUCUUUAAGGCCUUUAUAUUCAGAUCUUAUGGGAGUUUUUAUUUUCACGGCGUUGCUCUGGACCUUCAGUGGAGUGGGAUGCCUGCCCCUAUCUUCAACUCUACAGGAUGGAAAGGUUGCUGACUGUAUUCAGGACUCUCUGAAUAGUAAUGGCGGUGUGCCACAUCCUGGCUGUGACAAACGGAAAACAGAUGAUGCUGUCCACAGGCACCAGGGUCUCCUGAGGGAGCUGCAGGAGCUGGCCCAGGAGGAGAGGGAAAGAGAGAGAGAGUAUGGGAGGGAGAAAGAGCGAUAUGAGGAGAACCAGGCUGACGGAGAGAGGGACCGAGAGGGGAGGGAGAAAGAGCGAUAUGAGGAGAACCAGGCUGAGGGAGAGAGGGACCGAGAGGAGAGGGAGAAAGAGCGAUAUGAGGAGAACCAGGCUGAGGGAGAGAGGGACCGAGAGGAGAGGGAGAAAGAGCGAUAUGAGGAGAACCAGGCUGAGGGAGAGAGGGGCCGAGAGGGGAGGGAGAAAGAGCGAUAUGAGGAGAACCAGGCUGAGGGAGAGAGGGACCGAGAGGGGAGGGGGAAAGAGCAGACUGAGAAAAAAGAACUGAGAAAGAAAGAGAUUAAGGCAGAAGGGGUAGAGGAGGAGGAGAAGGUGGUGAUGAAGGACAGAACGAAUGAGGAGAUGAGGGAAGAGCCCAGACUGGAGGAGGAAAGGGGGGAUGAGGAAGAGAGCGCCAAAGAGCUGGAGGAGCUCCUCGCAAAGGAGAUAAGGAAGAUAGGAAAAGAGGACAGGGAGCUUGAGGAGCUGCUCAAGGAGCUGAAGAAGAAAAGGUACGAGUCGGUGAAGGAAAAAGAGCUCCAGAGAGGGUCAGAAGCAGAGGAGGAGAGGAAGAAGGAUGAGGAGGAGCAGAAAAAGAGAGAGAGAGAGCGGCUAGAAAUUAUUGAGAACGAAGAGAGGAAACGCAGUGAGGAGAGGAAGAACAACGAGGUGGAGCUGCUGGUGGAGAAAGAGAAGGUGGAGCGGGAGCUCAAGGAGCUGCUGGAGGAACAGGACAGCAAGAAGAACGUGGAGAAGGAGAAAGAGAGGGAGGAAAAACAGGAGGAACUGGAAGAGCUCCUCAAAAAGAUGAAACGGGUACAAGAGGAGGAGGAGAGAGAAGAGGAGGAGAGGAAGAGAGAGAAUGCAGGGGAUGAGGUGAAAGUGGACAAAGAGAGCGAGAAGGAGGGAGAGAUUCGCAAGGAAUUGGAGAAGGUGAAAGAGGGAGGGAGUGAGAAGGAGGUUAAGGAGCCUCAGCAGAAGAGAGUGAUGGAGAAAGCGAGUGAUGAGUCGACCCGUCAGUUUGGAAAGGAGAGGGACAGGGACGAUGAUGAUGAUGAUGAUGAAGAAGCAGAUGAGGAAGAUGAGGAUGAAAACAAUGAGGAUUGGGAAGAGGAAGAGCAAGAGGAGGAUGAGGACAAAAAGGAGGAUGUUGAGGAGGAUGAAGGAGAGGAGCUUCUGGAGAUUGAGGCAGAGCUGCGAAAAGUGGCUGCAGAGCUUAAGGAACUUCACAGGGGUCGUUAAGUUCUAAAUUACACACACACACACACACACACACACACACACACAACAUACAUACACACAAACAACACAAAACAGACAGAUAAGGACACAGUGCCGCUCUCUCAUGCUAUCACACACAGAAACACACACAACUAACAUACUUAGUAACAUGGUAUAAUCAUAAUGCUUUAGAUGGGAUGUACUUCUGCAUGUAGUUGCAUUUUACUACAAACAUACAUGUACUCUUCUCCCCAUCCCCUAACUCUCAUACUGCAUUCAGAGCUCUUUAGAUGUCAGUCUUUCUGUGUGCUGCCAUUAUCAAAGAUUGUUUAGUAGGCAAGAUGUACAACCUUGCCCAUGUAAAGCUAUAGUUAGUCUACAUCUCAUAAUACAAGGAAUUGGGAAAGAUGUCUCCUUUACGAUAUGUCUCGUGUAGAUAUUUUGUGCAAUAAUUAAAAAUCUAUGUGUGAGAUUUGUUACGGUCAUUGAGACUGUUAAUGUAAGCAAUGUAUCACUGUUAUUUAUAAUAUUGACAUUUUGAUUUCUAUGAUUGAUUUCCAUGAGUAUAUCAACAAAAUGUGAGGAUUGUGCUAUCUGGCUAAUGUACUGUUAAUAUCAGACUGUUAAUUAAGAACUGGGGUGACACUCAGGGAGAAUCUCCAUUGCAUACUCCUCGCGUCCGCUCUCCUCGCCUCCUUCUCAAAACCCAUUGGAGGAGAAGGUCAGAGGGGAGGGAC